AUGGCAUCUGGCGGUUGGGUGGCGGAGCUUGAUAAGAAAGAACACAAAAACUGGGUGAUGGUUGGUUGUGCCCUGAAUAUUACCAAAAAAGGAAUUACAUCAAAAAUUCAAAAUAAAAUGGAAACUUGGUACCAGUCCCUUAUUUCCAGUCCUCCGCUUCAGUCACUUCCAUCUUGCGCUUGCGCAUCGUCAGCAUCAAAGUGCCUCACUUGUGACACUUGGAAAACGACACUGAAACGUCACCACACAUCCGGGCGACCAAAGAUUUGCUGGGACAACAGUGACCGAACACAGUGGGGAUCUCCGACUGGGGCAUGGGAGAUAGCUAAAGUCUUUAUGCCAACUCUUGGAGGUCGUAAAAAAGAUGUUGUCGACGCCGAAACUACGGACAUUGGUGGUCUUUUGAACCUACUUGAAUGGUGUCCUUUUAUUAAUCCUCCUACGAGUCGAACAGUUUUGACGUCGGCAAGAGAUGAGUGCAGGAAUCAUUGGGCGCACGCUCCGAAACAGGAAAUUCAAGAUGCCGAUCUUUCAACCAUAUUUGGUCAUCUUAAUAAUCUGCUCAAUGACGCUGUGUUCAGUUCUGACAAAGACGCCCAGCAAUCGUCGAAAGACUUGCAAGAUUUGUUUCAUAAGGGUCUGGUAAACGUGAAGGAGUCUGAAAUAGAGGCUCUUUACUUGCUUCGCCACUCACUGGUGGCUGAUCUGACAAAAUGCCAAGGUGACGUGUCUGACGCUCAGAGUAACAUUUUGAACGUAGAUGCAGAGAUAAAAAGGAUCAAGAUGGUUAUGCAGAGCGAUUUAACUGACGUGAAAGAAAAAGGGGAUCUAAACAGAGAAGAGAUAAGCAAGUUGGCAUAGCAGCUGGGUGAGUUAAAAGACGUAAUGGCACAUUAUUCUAAUGACCUAUCCACCGUUCUGAAAGCUGUCGAUGAUUUCAACAGAUUUCUGAAUAAAAGGGAUGACCUGCAAAAAGUCUUCGAAGCUAUCCAAGAUGACUUAGAAGUUGUCAAAACUAAACUGAGUGUAACACAGUCUAAAGUUGCCAACACUGAAACCUCCCUAGCAAGUUUGAAAGACAAAUUGAUAGAAGUGCAGAGAGUAGCAAUGGAGACAUCCACAGAGGUGUCUAUUUUGCAAGAGAAAGUGGUAGUCUUGGAAAAAGGGCAAACCACACAAGAACAGAAUGACAGUGAUGAUGACGCGUUGUGCACGGCUCCAAGUAGGUUACCACUGUUCACAGGUCGUAAGUCAGCUCUUGAUUGGCUUGAAAAGAACCUCAUUUUAGAGAGCGUUGAGGCCAACCCUGGGACUUCCUGUUGCACCAAAACAGUAUGCGGGCUUGGAGGCUGUGGGAAGACAUCUUUGGCUGUAGAGUUCGCUUGGAGGCACAAAAAUAGCUUCCCAGGUGGGGUGUUCUGGAUCAAUGGCGAAAGCGAUGAAAAUAUAAAUAAAUCAGUUGCUGAGAUGCUUUCGCUGGGAAACAUUCCUACCUCAACAAAUGACAGCAUCGAUGACACUUUCAACAAAUUCCUUACGUGGUUGUCCAAGAAGGACCUUCCAUGGCUUCUUGUGAUGGACAAUGUGGACGAAAUGCAAGAUCCUAUGUGUCCUGCAAGUGUAAAGAAGAUAUGCAAGGGACCUUGGCAAAGAACUGUUAAAUCACUAAAGAACGGCCACAUUCUUUUAACAACUAGGCAAAAUGCAAAAGACGCAAAGGCGUUUCUGAGGUACUCGACUGAUGAUUUUUUAGAGUUGUCAUGCUUUAGCGUAGAGGAUGGAGCUUUGUUCUUAAUGAAAAGAACCGAUCUUCAAGGAGAAUCCCUUGACCCAGAUGCGAUUUGUUUAACAAAAGAGCUAGGUGCAUUGCCACUAGCCCUAGAGCAGGCAGCAGCAUACAUAACUACAAGUCCUAUCCCACUGAGCUUUAAUGAAUACCUAGAAAAAUACCAAGCAGUGAAGAUGCGCCUUUUAAAGCAACAGCCUGCUACAGCACUUAGCAUAGAGGCUCAACAUCGCUUGUCAGUUCAUACAACUUGGGAGUUGAAUUUCGAGUUUGUAAAGGAACAGUCACCAGCUGCCGCCAGUAUGAUGCGAAUUUCGGCCUUUUUGGAUUCUGAGAAUGUUCCCAUUGACGUUAUUAAUCCUGGUCUGCCUGAAUUAGAUCAAGAGGAAUUGAGAGAAUGUGCGCGUUCCAAGAUCGACAUUGCCUCCAUCCUUAAGGUACUGUCAAGUUAUUCCCUUUACUCUGUCGAUCAUCGAAGCAAAGUCUUUAGCGUCCACAAACUUGUUCAAGAAGUGGUAAGAACCAGUCUUACCCCAUCACAGAGGGAAGAGGCUUUGUUGGCAGCUACACGAGUUGUUUACUUGGCAUUAUGCACGCAUAGUGUUCCCUGUUUUGAACAAGAAAAGUAUGGUGCUUUGGGGGAUCUGUCAUUGUUAAAGGAAGACGAAAGGAAUGUAAUUGUUGCCCUUGUAUUGAAUUUCAACAAAUUGAAGAAUCAUAUGGAAGAGGAAAUUCAUUCAUCAAAAAGAAAUGUGGCUCGUGUACUUUACAAUGAUGACACCUUAAAAUUGUGCAACUUAGUGGUCUCCUUGAUCAGUAACAAUGUGUUUUUUAACAGAUUAAGGGCUGAAAUGAGUGAAUUUCGAAUGAAUGUUUCGAAAAUGAGUGGUAAUUCUGAUCCCAAUUCCGCUCUUGGGGCGAUGGUUUCUGCAAGUAUCAAUUUAAGAAAUUGUCCUGGAUACGAAAAGUACAAGGAGGCGAAAAAGGUGGCAUUAGAAACUGUACACAAGCUGGCUGAGAUGGAAAAGUCUGGAAUUGUUGUGAAACCCGAUAUCAAAUAUCUAGUUCUUGAGCAUAUGGCCUCUUAUCACGCGUUAGAAGCGCAAUGGAAAGAAAAUUAUAAAGCCUUGAUGGAACUCGAACGUUUAGAAAUCAACGAUGAGAACACUGUAGACCUUCAAAUCUUAAUUGCAAGAGCAGAAAAUCAGUUGUCAGCAAGUAAUUCUAGGUCGGCUUUGGUGCGUUAUAAGAAAGCGCUGGAACUUGCGAGGCGCAUUUACCCCCCUGAUCAUCGCGAACUGUUACGUGUUUUACAGUUUAUCACUUCUCAUUUGCUUAAUGAGGGAAAGGUUCACGAGGCACGAAAAUAUGCUGAAGAACUGUUGAACAUUGCAAAGAAGCAACCACCAACAUCAGAUUUUUAUUUCAAGGGAAUAACGGAUGCUCUACAAGUAAUGUGUUUUUUCGACCCUAAGACAGCAGAAGAUACGCUUUUUCGUAUCUUGGAGGACAAUUGGCCAGUCAUGUAUAAAUGUAUUCAAGGCGGUGAUUUGGAUACCGAUGAAUGUGUAGUCGACGAAAGCAGCCAUGACCAUGCAGCAAUGGUUCUAGCGGGGAUAUUGAGCUGUUUCUUUAUCUCAAGCGAAAAAAAGAGAAAAAGAAAACAGGCAAGAUGUAACGGCAAGUUGUACCGAAACAUUGGAGAGAUGUUAUUGUCACUGCGAAGGAAAAUGUAUGACGAGAACCACCAAGAAGUACAAAUGGCAUAUUCUAAUCUACUAAAGGUAUUCACUAUCCUUGGAAAUGAGGAGGAAGCCUAUAAGCUUGUAGAACAAAUGAGGAGAAGCAACGAGAAACCAGUCACUAAACUAUUUUCCGCAAGGCCUCUUUGUGAUAAUAAUGUUUUGAUUGCUAGGGAGUUCAAAAAUACUGCGAACGACUAUUUUAAGGCACAAAAAUAUUCCAAGGCACUAGAGUUCUAUCAAAUGGCGUUAGACCAAUUCCCAAAUGAUGCAAAAAUACUAACAAACAGGGCGAUAACAUACGUCAAACUGUCAGAACAACAAGCACUUAAAAGCCAUGGUAAAGAUCCUAAAGAAGACCAACAAAUAUUUCUUCAAUAUGCUCUUCAGGAUGCGAACAAGGCAGUGAGCACAGAUCCUUCUUGGGUUAAAGGUUACUACUGGAAGGCGGUUUGUCUCGCUAAACUUGGACAAAGAGGUCCAUCCCUUGCUGCAGCUGCAGUUGCGGAACAUCUCUUUCCAUCAAAGUGUACUGAUAUACCUGCAGUGAUGGAGCGCUUUGGAAGUUGUAGUGCACAGGUGAUAACUACUAUCGAUGACCUUUAUCACGCCGCCAAGAGAGCAGGCGGCAACAAUCUUGUGAUUUUACUCAAAGAAGGGAGAUAUGAGUUACCGAACCCACUGAAAGUUCCAGCGAACGCAGUAAUGGUUGGCAUCGGAAAAGUCCAAAUUAUUUGCCCCAAGAGUGCUCCACUGAAACUGGAUGAAAACGUUUACACUGAGAACAUAGACCUGUUAUCUUCAACUGAUUCAAUCAAAAUUUUCAAAGAAAAGGCUAAGGAGAGUCUUAAUCGUGGCCAAUUAGACGAGGCUUUGUCUUUGUACAGCAAGGCAAUAGCCAUAUGUUCAGAAGACGCACAACUCCUAACAGCUAGAGCUUCAACCUACUUGAAAGCGGCUGAGGAAAAGAGAAACAUGUCUGAGCGGGUCUCCUUACUGGAGCUUGCUUUUAAAGAUUCAGAGUCUUCUAUCAGAGCGGAUCCUUCUUGGUUAUUAGGUUACUCCACCAAGGCCAUGAGUUUAGCAGAGUUAGGGAGAAAACACGAAGCCUUGGCCGCUGCUGCUGUCUUCAAUCACUUGAGUUCUGGUCGGGAUAUUUCUUCAGUAAUUGAAAGUUAUGGAGCUCUACAAAUCGAUGUUGUUAAAAACUCAGAUGAACUGCGCAAUGUUCUUCAAGAAAUCACGGAGCGUGAGGACGUAAAUCAAAUUGUUCUGUUAAAAGAAGGGGAUUACCUAUUGGAGAAGACCGUUGAGAUGAAACCAGCAAUAGUUAUUGUUGGUCUAGGGAAAGUAAUUGUUUCGUGCAAGACUGGAGUACCUUUUCACUUUAGAAAAGAACACUACGUCGAAAAUGUGGAACUUCAUAGAGGCUGUGGCGAGACGCUAGAAUCACAAACGAUUGCGAGUUCAACAGAUGACUCUGGUCAGGAAGACGUUAUAUCUUUGCCUGUACCCUCAGGGUAUGACAACUCCAGCGCCAACAGCGAGUGCAAGGUGAACUAA